GUCCGAGCCGUGUUGACAAUAUGUCAAAAGUAAAAACAUUUUCUUAACCAUUUCCGUCACCAAAUGUCACCAAAAAAGAAAAAAAGCUUAUUUUAUUACUGUUUUCCUUGCAUUAAACACACCGAUGAAGACCCCGAUGAAUUGCUAGUUAAAAAUUUCGGAACUGAAUUCACCGAGUACGAAUAUGUUAUUGAAAAUUUGGCAAUCAGACGAGCACCAAAAAUUUUAUUUGAUCAACACCAACCACCACCUAUAUUAAAACAGAAGCAUCAAACUAUUCCGAAAAUAAAACAUACUCAAACCAAAAAACCAAAAGUAAAAGACUUUGGGGCCGUGGUUGAAAGAGAAAGCGUUGCUUACGAUGUUGUAGGACCGGUUGUGAAGCUUGACGCAUCCGGAGAUGCUGACGAAUGCUGUCCCAGAGGAGCACCUAAGUGUAUAGAUAAAAUUAAGGACGAUGUUCUCAAAAAGAUUUUAAUACCACCUUGUCACGUAUUCAGAGUAGAGCAUCCAACUCCAAAAAUCCAAAAGGUUUCAGCCGAAGUACAUAAAUGCAGCGAUGGAAGCAUGCUAAGAAGACAGAGCAUGCCAAUAAGACAGAGCAUUCCAAGCGAAAUCAAACAGACUAUUGAAGCAUUGAAAGUAGCCAAACCACCUGUUACCUCCACACUAUCCAAAAAAAAUAGAAGACAAUUAGUCCGAAGUGUAUCUGAUACCAGUUGUGAUAAGGAAACUUUUUGUAAUUUUUUAGAUCCUGAAAUUAAACAACACGAUAAUAAAAAAGAUAUUCGGUCGUCGCUUUUAGAUGUAUUUCCAAAUCCCAAUAAAAGAAAAAGUAUAUCGAAGUUUCAACAGGGCAGAAAUUCAUUACCAGUGUCCAAAUUAGCGGAACCUGGUGUUCAACAUGGAAAAUGUAAUCUAGUUUUGGUUGUGAAUAAAACGGAUGAUCAAGUAGGAGCAACGCCCAAAGAAAUGGGAAAGGUUAAAGCUGUUGAUCCAAGAAAAUGGACGGCAAAAAAUAUGCAGAAGGCGGUGGAGGAUGUAAUAAAUAAGAAAAUGGGAGUAAAUGAAGCGAGUCGUUUAUAUGAAAUACCUUCGCGCACAUUGCGAAGACACAUCCUCAAGGGUUGGAGGUCUAAGCAGAGAAUUGGAAGACCUUCUGAAUUGGGAUAUGAGAACGAACUAAAACUUGUAGCUCACAUUAAAAAGCUUGAAUCCAUCGGAUUUCCCUUGGAGCCAUCGAGACUGCAGUCUAUAGCUUACGACUUUGCUGAAAAUCUUCGAUUGCCACAUCGAUUCAAUAAUGAGAAGAAGUCAGCAGGCUGGGAUUGGUUUCAAGGAUUUAUGAAACGUCAUCCAGACCUGAGUGAACGUAAAGCAGAAGGCCUGUCAUUGGCAAGAGCUAGUGGUAUGAAUAGACAGUGA